AAAAAUAAUGUUGUAGGUUUAAGUAAGAAAGUUGUAGAGUUACAAGAAGGUGUAGCCCAAAGAAAUUUUGUUAGCAAUUUUAAUUGUGUAUGGGGUGGCAUACCUUUAAAAUGCUUUCCAGGAGAUGGGAAAUUGCAUCCAGUUGAUUUUUUACAGCAUUGUCAGGAUAAUUUUAGUAAUGACAUGACAGAUAAUGUAAAAAUUAAAUUUGUUAAACGAUUUUUGGAUGGAGAAGCAAUCUCGUGGGCAAAUCAGAAUGUUAAUUCUACCAUGUCAUAUAAUGAAUUUGAAAGAAAGUUUUUAAAUAAGUUCUGGUCAGAUUCUGAGCAAGCUAGGAUUAAAAGUGAGUUUUUGAAUGGUCGAAUGUAUAGGGAAAGUGAUGGUAGCUUGAAGUGUUUUUGUGAAAGUCAGUUGAGGAAAUUAGUACACCUCGACAAACCUUUUGAUGAACUAAUACAAAUAGAUGCAUUAAAAAGAAGACUACCAAAAAGAGUACAGUGGGAGUUGAUUUAUGGACCAGAUGAUUCUGUAGAUCAGUUCUUGAGUGUAGAGACUGCCAGAAGCAGAGGGGCUGCAGACACAAGAUGGACAGCGCAUUGGGACGGAUGAUUGUGAGCUGCCAAUUCAUUAAGAUAUGCAACAUGCACCAGUGACU